AUGUUUUCAUAUUUAAUUUUAUCUACACUAUUAGGAUUAACUUAUUCUAAUUGGACUAGAACACCAUAAAUAAAAAUCGACAAUUUCAAUUCAACUGAUUCACUUGUCACUAUGAAUAUUGAUAAUUUCUAUCAUUUAAAUUAUCCUAAUGCAUAUGAUUUGGACUUAUAUUAUAGAUAAGGUAUAAGUAAUUCAAGAAAUUUGAGUGAUUAUGAAAAAAUUAAUAAUACUCAAUUAUUAGAAUAAGGAUGCUCAUAUUUUGAAAGAAAAAUAAUUGUUGAAGAUUAAAUACAAAUUCAACUACCUGAUGAUGGUAAGUAUAUUUUUACUGAUUUGGCUGUUAUUGGACAAUCAGCAUUUUUAUUAAGAAAUGAUAAUAAGAUUUUCAGUUUAGAAAUUGUAUUUAAUGGAUAAGAAUUGCAAGUAUAUCAAAUGUCAGUAUAUUUUAGAAAAUUCGAGUUUAAUAACAACAUUUAGAUAUAUCAGGAGACUUAAAAGUGAAUUAAUAUAAGAAACCUAGAUUCUUAUAAAUAAGAGAUUAAUUAUUUAUAAUAUCUGAAAAUGGUGCCAUUAGUUUCAAUUCAAAAUAAUGGACAAACAACACUCUACCUAAAAUAAAUAAACAUUCAAUUGAAUCAUUAAAAAUCAUUAAUCAUCUACAUUAUGAUGAAAUUUCUAAUAGGGUUUUUGUAGUUGCUGGUUAAUAAGGAGUUAUUGUUUAUAAACUUGAAAAUGAAGAAUUAAAGAAACUUUAUACUAUUAAUUUAGAUUAUAAUUUAAUAAAAGUGUAAACAAAUGAAAAUAAUCUAUUCAUAUUAGAUGAUAGAAAAGGAAUUCAUUUUGUUUCUUUAUAAGACAACAAUUAUAUUAUUGAUAGUAAUAAAAAUAAUUAAUAAAAUAGAAUUUUUAAUUCCAAUUGAAUAUCCAAUAUCAUUUGUUUAUAAAAAUAAUUCAUUUUUAAUUGUUUCAUAAACUGAGGAUAAAGUUAGAUUUGGAAUUGAGAUUUUGAUCAAUUUUAAAAAUCAAGAAUAUUAUUAUAAUAAAUUUUAUUUAGAAGACAUGUAAUUGAAAGAUGUUUAAGAAGCAGGUGAAUAUAAAGUAUUAAUUGGUUAUGAUGUACAUAAAUUAGUGAGAACCAAUAUUUAUCGUGGUUUUGUAGAUGAAAAUUUUUAUCAUGGAACUGAUUUUAUGAUACCUUUAUUAGAAAAAAUUCAAGAAUUUAAUGGUAUUUUAUAAGAGAAUUCUAAUUAAAAAAUACAUUAUUAAUUAGGUCUUACUCCUCAUUACUUAUUUGGUUUGAGUAUUAAAGAAAAGUAUCCUCAAAUAAUAUGUUCAUCUUAAAAUUAAAUUGAAUAAAGUUAUAUGAUAGUGAUUAAUUCCACUUAAUGUAUUAAUACAGAGAAAAAUCCAUUUGUUAUUUGUUAAGAAUAACAUUUAAUGAAUUUGUCAAUUAAUGAAGUAUUUUUAGACUUUUAAUCUUAAUUACUUGUGGAAGUUGUUUUAAUAUUAGGAUUUAUAAUUUUCAUUAUAUUUCUAGUAUUCAGCAUAAUAAUGUGUAGAAGAUGGAGAUUUGCAAUAGAAAAUAUGAAAAAGAAAAACAAACAAUAUGUAAAUGUGUAAGUUGGAUGA